UUGUUUUGUAAGCCACUAGUUUGAGUUGUGUCUAAGUCUCCGCCUCCAUCUCUGAGGAAGGAAGAUGUGGUCCUCACAUAGUAUUGCUCCUUUCAUGCAGUAGGCAUAUCACAGAUGCAUUGUCAUGUGCCAUCUUGCCUUUCAUUGGUUGGUUGUGUUUGAGUCUGAGUAUUUUUCCAACCAAAGACUUUUUCUUUCAAGCUGUAUCAUUUAAAGCAACUAUAGUUAGCCUGAAUCCUGUGGCAAGUACAAUGGCCAACAUAGAAGGCGUUGAACAUCUUUGUCUUCCGUCCUCCACGGGUGAGAUCCUGGCAAGCGAAGAUGAACCAGAAAAUCUACAAAGUCCUCUGCCACUCAACAGGCCAUCCCUACUAGCACGUCGACUGUUCCGCCUGCAGUCGUACCACAAUAACCUCAUGCCCAGCAGACGUCGCAAGCGAGAGAUGACCCCCGACGAGAAAAAAGACGCAUUGUACUGGGUCAAGCGUCAAAAAAACAAUGAGGCUGCCCAUCGCUCCAGAGAGAAGCGACGGCUGAACGAUUUCAUGCUGGAAGGUCAACUUCUAGCACUCAGCGAGGAGAACGCACAGCUCAGAGCGGAGGUGUUGAGUCUGCAGUAUCACAUGGGGAUUGGACGAAGUCUGGAUCAUCCACACCAUGCCAUGAUGCCCUUCCACGUCCCUGUUUCGUCCCAUCUCAAGUGGGGUCUGGCUGGUACGAACGCUUCUUUUUUGGCAGAACGGUCAGAGAGGUACCAGUGUUGGCCACAUCAUGAGCCCUGCUCUGGUCCAUCAAGUGGCCCCUCUCAAUUCAUCUCCACCUCAAAGAUGCCUAAUAAAAACACCAGUGCACCUUCACAAGGCCGCCACAUGAACGACAAGCUAUCCGAACAGUCUGUGCUCAAUAAUGACUCAUUUGAACAGAACCCUGCGGAGGUCUCCUCAAGCAACGACCCACCAAGCAACCCCCAACCGUUUCCAACCCAGAGAGCCCAGAGAGCUUUACGUUCCCCCUCACCGCCCCCUCCCCAUCUGACGCACAGCUGGUUGCUCCCCGGAAUAAGCCAUCCCGCUACUCACCACCACAACCAGAUGUUACCCUGGGCCUCAUCUUCCCUACGCCCAUCUCCGCUUCAUCCCAGCUGGCCACUGACAACAGGAGCGAGGUCCCUCUGGAACUUCAACAGCAGGUUCAGCGUGCUGCAGUAUCUGCUGAGAUCUCACAGCUACGAGUAACCUGAAAUGCAGAGAACUCUUAAGUAAUACAGCGGCCGUGCUGUUCAAACACGAACAUGUGAUAACAGUCUGCUAUAAAUGCUUAAUGUAGUGAUGUGUGAUUGAAUCGCUUCAUGCAGCAGUAGCAAAAAAAAUCUGUUUUCUGCUUCUAAUAAAAAAAGUAGUUAUUUUACUCUCUUUUGCAUAGCCUUCUGCAUAUAAAUUGAAGUUAAUCUGAAACCAUUUAGUCCAUUUUUAUUUGCUAUUACAACUGAGUGAAUAGACCCAUUUCACAGCGUGACGUGUACAAACCGGAAGUAGGGUGAACGCUUGUCCGGUCAAUGCUCUAGCUCCAUUCACUACACAGAACAGUUGCGGAGACCAGAAGAUGUUAGGCAUGUAGCGCUCCCUUUAUGCUGAUUUGUCUAAAAUAUAUCACACCUUGAUAAUAAAUAAAUCGCUCAAAAAACAAUGUUUUUGUAAUGUUUGUUUUCCCUAUUUUUACAUCUCCCAGUAAACCAUGAAUAAAUCCGACAACAUAUGCUACAUUAGUUUUUGGAAAAUAAAAUGAAUGCCUGUGAGAAAACAAGCUGAAUGAACGAAUGAAUGGCUAUGACUGCAGUCGGUCGCCAUUUUGUGAAGUAGGCGAAUUCGGCUCACGACUUAUAACAGCGCCUUAAUUGAUACGCAUGCGCAUAACGAAGACUAUGAAGACUAAAUGGAUAACAAGUCACGUGGUCACAAAACGGUCAAACUAACACAGUCGAACUUAAACUUGAUAUUCGUUUGUACGUAAUUAUUAUAUACCUAUAAUUUAGGUUAUAGCAAAUAAAUAUUGCGCAUUAUACAAAUGAAAACGUUUCAAACUAUGUGAUAUUCUUGCAGUUCAUGUAAAGAAGUUUUAAUAAUGAUUAGUUCUCACGAAGCAGAUCAAAUGAAGAGCUGGUUUCAGGCUGGGGUCUAUCUGAUUGAACUGAGGCUUCACCGCAUGUUCACGCUUCAGAGUGGAUGUAGGCUACUUGUGCCUUAAAGUGUUAAGUGUGGAGAAGAAAAGACAUCGAACGCUUAACAUACAGUACGGUAUAGAGCUCUAAAUCUUUUUGCUUUCGUUUUGCAUUUGAACAAUCUUUAUAUUUGGUGUAUUAUGUCUUGUUUUUGAGAGAGAGAGAGAGAGAGAGAGAGAGAGAGAGCUUGUUCGGUGCCUCAUCAAUAAUUAAAUUUGUAGGCUAAUAAAACAAUUACAACAAAAUAUAACGAUAGCCUAAUAAAACGCUACUACACUUUUACCACAAAAAAUACGGUUAAUUUUCGUAAGGGAAUCAGGCUAAACUUAAUAACGUCAUUUUCCCCUUUUUAAAAACGGACUUACAAUAAUAAUUAUUAGGCUACUACAUUAUUAAUUUACUAUCACCUAUAAUAUUACAUUUUAAUACUGUGAAGAGUAUUUAUUCUGAUAUACGAACACCAUCAGAAAACUGUU